AUGGGCAACCGCUUUCGCUCAUCGUGGCUGCACUAUGUAAGUGCGCAUGUGCUGAUGGUGCCGGCGCGACAAGCCGUCGAGCCGAUGGCUACACACAUGGCAAAGAAUCGAGCUCAUGACGACCCGUCGGCAUUCACACGCACACACAGUCGUGUAGACGAAGCGACGGACGGUGCGGUUGCUGGUGAGGCCACCACGACCCCUUCUCCCAGUCCCUCGUCGUCUCCUCCUUUCUCAUUUCUUCUGGAUGUCGCCAACCUACCGUGCGGUGCUGGCGUACGGACGCCGGCGUCGCUGGUGUCUGCCGCGGACCCGCAGUGGAUGGCGCACGUACGGAAUGCCAGCGAUCACAGCGGGGCCUUUUCAGAGAACACUGGUUUGCGUAAUCCGUUGACAGAGCUCCUCCAGGAUACGCCUUCGGUGCACGAAGAAGGCAGCAAUGGAGGGAGGGAGGAAGCGGCUCUGCCAGCACGUGUGUUGACAUCGUGUCCGAAAGCCUGCGACACGUCAUCUGGUGUUCGUUCCUCGCCACUGCAGAAGGCUGAAACCUCCGCGGGAGCGGCGGUGUGGUCAUUGCGUGUGGCGCACACGGACGUGCAGGUGUGUGCGGAUGUGUCGUCCGUUUCCCUGCGGUCCUUUGCCCUGCAGGAGCUCGGUCAGCGCGUGCCGUCGCUGCUCUUCCUCGCUGAAAAACCAUACGCUGUCGGCGACGAAGAUGUGAUGGACUGCGUUGCGUGCCUUGACAACGACACAACAAGCGCAACAGUUAUAGAUUCACCUUCCCGCGUAUCGGACUCUGCGGGGUCUGCGGUCGUCAGGGCUGCCCGUCGAGUCCCGAUAGAAGCCUAUGCGGAGCGCACCCCACUCAUACAGACCUGCGGUACUGCGGCGCUGCAGUUGUCUCUGCAGCGUGCCCUCGCGGCGGCUACCUGGCUAACUCAAACGGCGAAGGAGGAGCCCGGGAGCCACACCUGUGUUUCUGCGCCUUGUGGGGAGUCGCCGCGGCACCUUGUGUGGCACGAGAAGGACUGGGUCGUGGAAGCAGAUGGCCAACUGGCCGCCAUGGAAGAACAACUCUUGCCAUUGUUUUCACAAGAGUGCGUGAACGGUAGCACGCUGACUUGCGCAGCCCGGAAGAAACAGCCGCCACGACAGCAGCAGCAACAGCAGCUCGCAUGUGCGUCUUCAGCGAACGUCCCUUUGCGUGCAUGGCUGCCAUCUCGCUGGGCACCGAGCUCUAAGUCGACGGCGAUGGCGUUGCUGUCAACGAUGGUGCCUCGGACAUACAGCGCAAAAGAGCUGAAGAGCGACCUUUGCGGUUGCCGCAGCCAUCUCACCGCGGACUGGGCGCUGCCUGCUGGAGCGGCACCGCACCGCACCGCCUGCAAGAGCUGGACGUUUCGCCUCCAUAAGUCGUGGCUCGUGACCGGUCUCCGCCAAUCCCCUCCGUCGCUUCCUACCUUCGCGCAGCACAGCAGAAAUUCGGUUGGCGCCGCCGCCGGGAGUAGCGCUGUCUCGCUCCACGUCUGCCGCGAUGAGCCGCUCCGACUGUUUAACUACGACCUGCACACGGGGAUGCCACUGAACCUGCUGUGGCACCGACUGGGUCUGUCAAUGAAACCAAAACAGCAGCAGCAGCAGCGGGAAGAGGAGUUCGGGACGGGACUGCCGUCGCUUUGUACACGCAGCGGCGGCGGCUCCAGACCCACCGCGUCUUCAACUCCGGUGUCACCGGCCCGUAAAGCAGACGGCUGUAACACCGCCGCCUCCGCUAUCACGUUCACCUCCACCGACACAUGGAUGGAGUCUUCACCGUUCCAACGCGCUACCAGGUCGCGACAGGUGGGUUGGGUACGCAUGGAGCGAACGUCGGGUUCAUCGUCGUCCCGCGCCGGGCGCUCCCCGCAGUGGCGUCUUCCGCCCGGCAUUCCAUCCUUUGUCAUCCCCGACGAUGCCGCUCGUGUGCGGGCGCCGCGGCUGACGGACAACGCAGCGCGCCCUUCACCCUCUUCAUCGGCGGUGUCGGUGCCUUCCUGUUGUGCAGGCGUGACGGUGCCGCAGCGGGAGUGGUACACGGGUUUCUUCGCACACGACGCCCCGUUGUGGUGGAAAGAUGCUGUGCUCCACGCGCUACGCAUGAAGGCGAGUCCGCAGGAUGCGCACCGAGCUAAAACGGACAGCAACAAUGGCGGUUGUCCUCAACCCCAAAUGGGGACUUCACCACAGAACAUCUCAGACCAUGACGGUGGCAGGGUCCUGCGAGACGGCAACGGCUAUGGGUUGAUUGACGAACUCAUCCAGCAGCGGCACAUACCCGCUCUACCGGAUGGUGUAGUAUCGACAGUAGAUUCGGGUAUACCAAACCCCUCCGCGGCAGACGCGGCUAAUGGGCUGACGGUGUGCGUGCUGCGCCUGCGGCCUUUCCCUCCCACUUUCAUUAAAAAAGCGGAAGAUCAAAAGACUUCCUCAACGAUACCGCAGCUCUUCUGGACCACGAUUCACGACGAUUCCAGCGUGGCCACGGUGAACUUUGUUUUUACGCUGAAGGACAUCCUGGAAAUGCACGCCGUGGUGCCUUCGGUGUCAGGGGACGUCCUCAGGGACAAACCAGCAGCGACUGCCUUGGGAAAGAAGAAUUUCCUGCUUUUUAUGGAGGUGAAGGCGGCCUUCGAAGUACUGCGUCGUGCGACGAGCGCCGCCGAUGCGUCGCCCAAUACGCCGUACAGGUGGUGGCCGCUCCUCGACAACUUCUAUCGCACCCACACCGUGAAGUGGGAGGCCGGCGACACGCACCGUACCCCCUUCGACGCAAUGGCAGAGGAGCCGGCCUCAGCGAGCGCAACACACGGCGAUGUCCAUCCAGCACACAGUGUAGAUGAGAACGACUUCAUGGAGCGUAGCGGCAGUCAAACAGCGGUGCCCGCGUAUUGUCACCCGACGCCGCUCGAGAUGGCACGCGAGUUCGUACGGCUCGUUACGCAGCCGCCGUCAGCUCGCGUGUCCUCCACGAACGCGCCCUUUGAACUUCUGCGUUGUGCGGAACACGACGAGCUCGUCAGCGAAGGCUCCGGGCAGAGCAACAACAGUAAAGGCAAUUCCCCGCAUGCCAUGCUGACCGAGUGGCCACGCGCCGCCUACCACAAGCUCAUGCACGUCGACCUCUUUACCCCGUCAAACUCCUCAAGCGCACAAGGGGAAGAAAACGACGACGGUGGCGCAGAACAUGGAGAAGACGAUGAUGUCCUGGACGCCAUCCUCGAUCGCAACGGCGACCUUCUAGGGGAGGGUGGAUUAGACAGGGAGAAGGCAGGCAUGGCACCGCCUGAUGCACCACAGCUUCCCUUUGGUGUAGAGGUGCACCGGUACGAUGAGGACGGCACACGUCUCUAUGGUCUUGAGAGCGAUGAAGGCGGCAGCAUCAAAUCUUCCGGGGCUGCGGAUGCCACAGACGCCGAGAGAAACAACACCUGCGCACCUCCACCUUUUCUUCUUCCCUCCGUCACUGGCCACGACUGGCCUGCGGUGGAUAGACGCCCUUUCCUCCGGGGCAAUCACCGACUGGAGGACGCCAUACGGCCACCCACGACAUCGCGGACAGCCCUCGCUGCGGGUGGGGAGAGACAAAAGCCGCCUGUCCCGUACAUGCACUUCCCUGCGCUACCGCCCGUUGCGGUAGGCACCCUCGGCAUAAAGCGGGCCCGCUCCAUCGUGGCAGCGCACGAGCAGAGUAAGCGGUACGGAUACCUGCCCGUGGGGGUUGGGUGGCGGCGCGACGGGCAGCAGGGUUUGGGUCACAACAAACACAUCGAAGCUCCUUCAUGUGGCAGGGCAGCGUCCACCCUGAGCGCCAACUCGGGGUCGACGACGUCCUCGUCGGACGAGGCGGCGGAGGAGGCGGCAGCAACGGCCAAAUCAGAAUCGAUGGUCGACAACGCGGCGAACGCGGCGGAAACGAGUCCGCAAGGCGAGACGUUCGGCGAUGGGGUUGCGGUGCCGAGCAGCGUUGGCAUUCCUUCAUCCCGCAACGUCGAAGGAAAGUGGGAGCAGGACAACGCGACGAGCAACGUCGCCGUCUCUUCACUGGAGUCGAAAGCUGCGGUCAGCGCGCUGGCGGCAGGAGCGGACCGAGUCAGAGAUGACCGCGGUGCCGUGCCGGGCGUCACCGGGCCGUUGGAUGUGGUGGAAACGCUUCUACACGAUGAAGAGCGGGCCUUUUUGCGUCUCUGGCGGCCAUGGCUGAAGUACCUCCCGCCUGAGUGGCCACCGCACAUCGUCCAACCCCCCAACAGCCACGACAGCGACGCUUCCUUCAUGGCAGGGCAACUCUCCAAUGUGAUCGCCAUCGCCAUCGCCAGCGACCCACAGCUGGCAUUUCCCUUUCUUCGACCUUCUCGGCUCCGAGCCUGUCAUCUACGGCGAGCAACAUCAGACAGCCACACCGAAGAUGGUGAGACAGUGCACGCCGAAGACCACCGCCGUACCAGCAAAGACGAGAGCACAGGUGUGUGCGACGACAUCGUGCAAGCCUACGAUUUAGGUUUAUGCAUCCUGCAUCUGUCAUACGAUGAGGUGUACGUGAACGCAUCGAACCUCAUUUUUCAGAACAGCGUUACAGAAAGCUAA